AUGGAGAAGGCCAAACUCGCCCCCGUAGGUAAAAGAACAAUCAUUCUGUGGGAAAAAGAUUCUCAUGCAGGACUGCUGCUGAUCCUGAUCCCGAUGGUCACGAUCCUUGGCAAUCUCCUGGUCAUCAUCUCCGUAUUACGCUAUCGAGCUCUGCAGACGGCAAUCAACUUCCUUAUUCUUGGACUUGCCGUAGCCGAUCUGCUAGUCGCCCUGUUCGUCAUAAAUGAUUAUUUUCAGGUGCAACGAGGCGAAUGGUACAUUGGAAAUCUAAUGUGUGAUAUUUAUAUGGCAUCUGAUGUAGCGUGCAGUACCGCAUCCAUACUUUUACUUGCGAUAAUUAGUUUUGAUAGGUAUCGAGCAGUAAGCCGACCGAUUCAAUAUUCUCGCCAAUCUCAGAACGUGCGUCGGGUGUUCGCAAUGAUUGGCGCCACCUGGGUGAUUUCGCUGCUCGUGGCCAGUCCUAUGGUAUUCGGUGUAAACGUUCGGCCACCGGACGCAAAUCCGCACGAAUGCCGCUUUUAUAACGCCGAGUUUUCAAUCGGCUCGUCUAUCAUAUCAUUUGUGAUCCCAUGUAUUCUCGUUCUGUUCGUCUACAUUCGAAUUUUGAUCGCUCUAAAGAAACGUGAAAAGGCUGCAAAAUUGCGUCGGCUGAAACAUCUGCAGGCAGGUGCCAGAGGGAGAGAGAGAGGAAAUGCAUGGAAAACAAGAAGACUCAAUGGGUUGAAUGAAGAGUAA